CAAACAAAAAUACACAGAGGUACAGUUUAAUAAGUUCAUGAGAUAUUUUACCAAAAAUGUGAAGUUUUAUUUAUAAAGAUCAGUGGCCCUUAGCACACUUAAAAACCUACGGUCUGUUAUGUAAUCACUAUGACGUGGUAACAGCAUGAACGUCGCACCAAUCGUGUACUUGAAACUUUUCUUAACGCACGCCAUUGGUCGAAAGCCACUCAACCUGCAAAAAAGCGCAGUUCUUAUUGGUCGCUUCGCUGCACGCGGAAACAUGUUCAUAGUUGAUCUCAGUCUCCGCAAUGGCGGCGGUCAGACUGCGGUUCGGGAGAGGAGCUUAUACGCUUUCAAACCGCCCACUUUUGGAUAAACCAGUGUCAAACGCGGCGUAUAUUGCAGCUUUAAUAAAAUCUCCACAGCUUUGGGAGUUCGACAGGAUCGAAGCGCAUAAAAUACUGUGCGAAACGAGACCGGCCGGUGUGGAGACUCCAAGAGGGAGUAAAGAAACAAACAGCUUUAACGCAUUGCUGGACUCUAAUAUCAGCAAAUGGACUGAUUGUCGUAAACUUAAGUCAAAGGCGUCGCAAAUUCACGCGUUUUCAAGAAAGAGCUCGUGUUUGGGAAAACUUAUAUCCAGCCAUACUGGUGCUCGCUCCCAUUUAAGGAGAUCCAUUUAUAAAAAGACUCCUUAUGGACGUCCUAAUGAUUAUUUAUGGCACUUUAUGUCCUCCAGCAGAGCGUAUAGCGGCACGCAGUAUAACAGCCGUCCAGAGGAGCCCUUACACAAAUCAAAAUCUGCUUAUUAUGACAUUUUGGAAGUGUCUCAGUCGGCCACGCAUGCGCAGAUUAAGACCGCUUAUUAUAAACAGUCGUUCAUUUAUCACCCUGACAAAAACGCAGGGAGCGAAGACGCCACGCAUCGGUUCUCUCAGAUCAACGAGGCCUACAGUGUCCUGGGCAAUAAAGAGCUGCGGAGGAAAUACGACCGCGGCAUUCUGAGCCAAGCGGACCUGCGGGGCUCCAGCAGAGGCGCCGCCGGCAGAGAGAGUCCGGCGUCUGGGCAGCAGAGCCGCGCUCGUCACUCGUCAACGGUCGGUUUCUCGCAGCAGAAAAUCUUCGACUUCGACACCUUCAUAAAGGCGCAUUAUGGAGAGCAGCUACAGAAGGAGAAGCAGAGGAGACAGCGCAUGCAGGAGAUGCUGGAGAAGGACUCGAAGCGCUCUGAGGACAUGAAGAAGGACGUUAUGGCGGAGGUUAUACUCGGGGUGAUAGUGAUUUUAGAUGAAUGAAGGAGUCAGGAGAUGAAGGUCACCAAAGAAAACAUCCAAUUAGCUAAUGACAAUGCAUUAACACUGUGUAGACAUGGUCAAGAAGAUCUGCUGAAGGUCAAUCUGAGCAUCAGAACAGGGAUGAAGGAGGAUUUAUAUGACUGAACGGGACAGUUGUUGAUGCCAGAAUAUUUCACAGACUAGGAUUUUCAUGCACAACAACUUCUACAAUUUACAGACAACAGUCUGAAAAAAGGGAACUGAUCCAGCAAGUGGCAAUUCUGUGUGCGAAAAUACCCUGUCGAUUCCAGAGGACAAUGACCACUGGUUUGAGCCAAUAGAAAAAAAACGAAACUCAACAGUUCUUACAACUAAGAUCUGCAGAAGAGCAUCUCCUUGAAGCAGAUGAGCUACCACAGCAGAGGAGCACUCCAGGUGCACAAUUCACACAGACUCCCCAAAAACUGGACAGCAGAAAUUUGGAAAAAAUGCUUCUUAUUUGACGAGUUGCAAUUUUUGCAGCAUUCCAAUGGUCAGUUCAGAAUUUAUUAUGGAGGCAUGAAUCUAUCUUGCCUUGUAUCAACGGCUGGUUGGUGUAUUGGUGUGGGGCAGUUUUUGUUUUAACACUUUGGUCACCCAAGUACCAUCUGAGCAUAAUCUAAAUGCCACAGCCUACCUGAGUAAUGCUGAAGUUCAUCCCUUAAUGACCACUUCUUAUGAUGGACCCUCCCAGCAAGAUAAUGCAUCAGGUCACAAGGCUUAAAUCACCCCUAACUGGUUUCCUGAAUAUGACAACGAGUUCAGAGAUCUCGAAUUGCCUCAACACCAGAUCUCAGUCCAGUAGAGUACCCUUAGCAUUCGAUAGAAUGUACACCUGUCGCAAUAAUUAAAUCGACUUAUCUCGCAACACAUGGAUGUGACAUCAAUAAUCUUUGGUGACACAUUAUGUAUUGCCAAUUAUGUUCGCACGAAAAUGGAUGUCACCAACGUUUUAGCUGAUUGUGCAGCUUCCGUUAUCUAAUCUCUUUUGGAGGAGUCAGCGAGUUCAGGGAACGCCUUAAGAAAUAAUGUGAAGAAUGAAGAACCAAGAAAAGCUGAAUUUUCACAAUUUCCUGAAAACUACUGAUGGUUUGUUGUCAAGCUGUUUCAAACCUGCAGUCCACUUCCAGAAAAGUGACAGUGGAAAAACGUCACACAUUCAUAUAAGAUUAAAGCCACAUCACGGGUGACGCUAUAAAGCUUAUAUUUAGGACAUUUACUACUGUAUUUUAACACCAAAUUACAGAAACUAACUUUAAAAAGAUUGUUGACCCAAAAUAUUAAAAUUCUGCCAUCAUUUACUCAUC